GACCCGCCCUGAGCAGCCUCUCCCACCCUCCUCUCUCUCUCUCUCUCUCUCUCUCCCAUUACCAUUCCCAUUCUCUCAUUUCCAAUUACUUCCUCCUUCAACUUUCUCCAUAUAUGAUUUAACAACUCCUCAUCACCCCAUAAUAACAAUUCCACCAAACACAGUAUAUAACAAGAAAAGAAGGUGAUCAGAAGACAUCAUCUUCGUCAAGACCAGCUAUAGCUAGCAGUUUGCUAUAUAAAAAUAUAAUAGCCAGCCAAAACAAGGGAAUGGGGAAUUGCCAAGCAAUAGACACGGCAACCCUGGUGAUCCAGCACCCCUCCGGCAAGUCCGACAAGCUCUACUGGCCGGUCUGCGCCAGCGAGAUCAUGAAGAUGAACCCCGGCCACUACGUCGCCCUCCUCAUCUCCACCACCAUCUGCCCCUCCUCCUCCUCCUCCUCCUCAGCUGGCUCUAACCCCUCAUCCGCCCCUACCGCCACCGGAGACCGACCACCUGCUGCCGGCAACCUCAGGGUCACGCGCAUCAAGCUCCUCCGUCCUACGGACACCCUGGUGCUGGGCCAGGUCUAUAGACUCAUCACUGCUCAAGAGGUGAUGAAGGUGCUGUCUGCAAAGAAGUGUGCGAAGAUGAAGAAGCUAGGGCAGCAGGAAUCCGUGGAGAAGGUGAUGGGAUCUGACAUGAAACUCGACAAUCUGCUGGUGGGGAAGCAUGAGAGGCAGAGGAAUCAGAAGACAACAUCGUCGUCGUCGUCAUCAAAUUCUGGGACACCUAGGCCAAGAACAUGGCAACCCUCGUUGCACAGCAUCUCUGAGGCUGCAAGCUGAGAUGAUCAUUCCCGCCCUACGCUGUGAAAUCGAUUGGCCGUGGAAUCAAAUGCCAACGGGACCGUGUGCAUGCCCGAUCGAGAUCCGAGCAAGUUCGAGUUUAACAAAGAACCAAAAACUCUAUUUGCUUACCUGGGCAUCAGCAUAUAGCAACCUGCAGCUUUGUAUAGGGAAGUGAAAAGAAACACGAUAUCGUCUGGCUCUUUAAUGAAAUUUAGGAACAUUAUAAAUCAGGGGGAUCGUAUUUCUUUCGAGCUAGCAAUUAUGGGUCCGAUGAGAUUUUGUGAACGGUCGACAAUUCUCCGACUUACGACUUCUCGCUAAGUUGACAUUCCAACUCAUUAUUCCAAGUGAACAUAAUGGCAUUAAUAGAUUAUAAUCGAGUGCUUGAUGAA